AACAGGAUUAACUCUCUCCCGCCCAGCCGCGCUGACUCGGCCGGCGGCCUGCGAUCGGGCGCGGCCCGGAAGGGCGAUGGGACUGCUGGCGGCCGCGGAGCCCACUCUGGAGCCCGCCUGGCUGCCGAGCGUUACCUGGGCCCGCAGCCUCCCGGGCUGCCGCGCAGAAGCCUCGAAGGACUGCGGUGACCGCCCCUAGCCGCCGCCCCCUCCGCCGCCUCCGCGUCCUCGCCGCCCACCGCGCCCAGCCGCCCGCCCCGAGCCAGCCUGCUGCGCCCCGGAGCCGUCCGCCCGCCCGCGCUCAGCCAUGGGGGACCUGCCCGGCCUCGUGCGCCUCUCCAUCGCGCUGCGCAUCCAGCCCAACGACGGCCCGGUCUUCUACAAGGUGGACGGGCAGCGCUUCGGCCAGAACCGCACCAUCAAGCUGCUCACCGGCUCCUCCUACAAGGUGGAGGUGAAGAUUAAGCCCACCACACUGCAGGUCGAGAACAUUUCCAUCGGAGGGGUGCUUGUCCCACUGGAGCUGAAGUGCAAAGAGCCUGAUGGAGACCGAGUGGUGUACACGGGCACAUAUGACACAGAAGGUGUGGCCCCAACUAAGAGUGGAGAACGACAGCCCAUCCAGAUCACCAUGCCGGGAAAUGAGGCAAGUUACCCUUUGGAAAUGUGCUCACACUUUGAUGCAGAUGAAAUUAAAAGGCUAGGAAAAAGAUUUAAGAAGCUCGAUUUGGACAAUUCUGGUUCUUUGAGUGUGGAAGAGUUUAUGUCUUUGCCUGAAUUACAACAGAAUCCUUUAGUACAGCGAGUAAUAGAUAUAUUCGACACAGAUGGGAAUGGAGAGGUAGACUUUAAAGAAUUCAUUGAGGGGGUCUCUCAGUUCAGUGUCAAAGGAGACAAAGAACAGAAGUUGAGGUUUGCUUUCCGUAUCUACGACAUGGAUAAAGAUGGCUAUAUUUCCAAUGGGGAGCUUUUCCAGGUUUUGAAGAUGAUGGUGGGGAACAACCUGAAAGACACACAAUUACAGCAAAUUGUAGACAAAACUAUAAUAAAUGCAGAUAAGGAUGGAGAUGGAAGAAUAUCCUUUGAAGAAUUUUGUGCUGUUGUAGGUGGCCUAGAUAUCCACAAAAAGAUGGUGGUAGAUGUGUGACUCUUUGAAGAGCACCACCCAACACUUUUGCUUUCUUCUCCAUCUCUGAAGAUCUGCUCAAGACGUCCAGCAAUGCUCUCUGUGUAUUUAAAUGGAAGUAUUUUUCUCUGUGAAGCCACAUUUUCCAACAUGAGCCUCAUGAAGCCAACUAAGUGUUAUUGAACUCUUCUUCUCUCAAUAACUCAGUGUAGCACUUUAAAGUCUGAAGGACAGCAACAUGAAAAGAGCAUAUCAAUGUGGUGGAGAAAGGGAAGGGGUUGGCUUUUUAAUUUAUUUUUCUUCAUCUUUUAUAACAAGAAAGUAUCUAUAUAUACAUAUGUAAAUAUUUAUAUAUAGAUAUAUGUAGCUUUCUGUAUAUGUGGUAGGUUGGCUUUAAUUUAAUAUACUUGAUUCAGAAACAAAACGAUAGAGUACAAAAGUGCCAAGCAGAACAUACAACAUCCUUACUUUUAUUUCACACAGUUUUAUAUGUAGAUAGAAGAUUGUACAAUUUGAGCCGGGUGUUAGGCCAGCUAUUUACCUGUGCUUUCUCCUUUGAGAGAUUGACAAAGCAUUUGUUAAUGUCCUAUAAUUUACCUUAAUGACAUUUUUGUAACAAAGGAGUUUGUAACUUUAUUUAUACCUAUGAAUAUAUUUCCUGGGACUAUGUCUCGUUGCUGAGCAGCUUUUAAUCCAUCUCUGGCUGAGGAGAAAGUAUAAUUUAGUGCUGCUGCUGAGAGCUAGUUCUUGCAUUCAUAUGUAACUGCACAAUGCUAUGGCUGCUUCUUUCUGGUACUUUGUAGCUAGGAGGCAUUACAUUUAUUAAAUGUCCCUGCAUAAUCGUAAUUCACCAGUUGUGAUUUUAUACAUAAAGGCCAGAGCUGUCUUGAGGCAAUCAUGAUUUCUCUUAUGAAUUACUUAAUGAAGAAAACCUGAAGUAAUCAUGCAACUGCUGAGGAUAUUCAUUUGUUUCAUUACACAUAGGUAAAUAAUUUGUCAUUAAACUGGCAUUUGACCAAUAUAUUUUUCUUAUGUGUUUCUAAAGAUUUGCAGCUAAUAUAAAACACUGGUGAUAAUGUGCUGAUCUAAAAACAUAUUUAUAUAUCCAAAUGCCCUCCUGUAUUUGUGAUUUAAAUGGAGAAAUAUUGCUAUUGCCACAGAAAAGCAAAAUUUCGUCCAAGUUUAUACUUAAAUUUGUCACAAACAUAGAGGGUGCAUGAUGUUUUUUUGUUUGCCCAUAGAAUUAGUAAAAAGUGAUAACUAAAUGAAUUUGUGUGAUAUAAAAGUAGUGUAUCAUGUUCCACCACUUGACGUUAUUCCUUCCCUUUUCUGCAAAGGUACUAUUGGCUGGAAGAAAAACAUUUUGGUUAACUUCAUAUGACAGUAGUCUUUCCCUAUACGGUUUUUCUAUAAAAACUGAUUUUGUAGUCAUGGGUGGUUAAGGGCAGGUCGAAUCAAAGUGAAUGAAACUUAAAUUGAGCACAUCUGCCUGCUGUUGCUGUUCCUUCAACUGAGUGCUGCAUAUCAUGGGCUCUGUCUGUGAGAGAAAAAUCCCGGUGCUUGGUGUCCCUGCAUGACAUGGAGUUUUGCAUGUAGAUCGAUUUAAAAUGUACCUCUUGUUUACAUAAUUUGCAUAAUUUUAAAAGAUAAUGUUGCCAAACUUUGGAAAUGUUAAUGUUCAAACUGAAAAUCUCCACUACAUGUAACUUCUUCCUCUGGAUCAGUACGUGGCUUACAAUCCCAGCCAGUGGUUUGAUCUGUUCCAGUGUCAACUGCCAUGUGCUCUGCUUCAAGGGGGAACUAGUCUUUUGUGAAUUUUUUGUACAUAAUUGUUACAAAUAUUUUAGCAAAUGCUUUCUAUUUCUCUUGCUUGUGCAUAUCUUGGCUGGCGUUACAGAAAAAUAGUGCAAACAUUAUUUCCUUACUGGGGAAUGAGGGUUUUUCUUGAAAUCUUCCCUUUUUUUUCUUUCUUUUUUUUUUUGUCUUCUCUUUUUCCCCUUUUUUAGUUGGUGUGUAGGGG